AUGGAGAUGAAUGUCGAUGAUGAAGAUAAUGUUAAUAAUAAUAAUAAUAUAUUUAAUGAAAUUGAUGAUGAAGAUUGGAUAUUAGAAAAACCGAUAUCUGUUUUUGCUUUGGAUCCAGCUGAUCGACGUGUUUUAAAAGUAGCUGAUCAACGUGAUGCAGUACAAAAGAAAACAUUUACGAAAUGGAUUAAUUUUCAUUUAUCAAAACGUGAAGGAUUACAUGUUGAUGAUUUAUUUCUUGAUUUAAGAGAUGGACAUAUACUUAUAUCUUUAUUAGAAAUAUUUACAAAUCAAACAAUUCCACGUGAACGAGGUACAUCGAAAUUUCAUGCUUUACAAAAUAUUGAACAGUGUCUUAAAUGUCUUGAACAACAUCAUAAUAUCCGUUUGGUUAAUAUUCGCCCGGAAGAAUUAGUUAAUGGAAAUCCUAAAUUAACAUUAGGUCUUAUUUGGCGUAUUAUUCUUCAUUUUCAAUUUUCUGAUAUAACAAUACCAUCAUCUGAAGAAAACAUUCCAAUAAAUGUUAAACAAACAGUACCCCCUAUUCCAACAACUGAAUCAUCAUCAUUUACUGAAUCAAAACCCAUAAAAAUUUCUUCGACAUCUCAGACAACAGAACGAAAAUCAUCCAUUGAUCAAAUAUCAUCAAAUUAUCGUAAUAUGCUAUUAAUAUGGGCUCGUCAACAAUGUCAAGGUUAUCCAGGAAUUUAUAUUGAUGAUUUUACACGUUCUUGGCGUAAUGGACGAGCAUUUCUUGCCAUACUUCAUCGACAUAAUCCACAAUUAAUUAAUAUAAAAGAAGUCUAUCGUAAUUCCAAUCGAGAAAAUUUAGUAAAAGCUUUUGACUUUGCACAAAAACAUUAUGGUAUUAUGCAAUUAAUCGAUCCUGAAGAUGUUGAUACUGACGAACCUGAUGAAAAAAGUAUUUUAUUAUAUAUCGCACAUUUAUAUAAAGUUUGUUCAACUCUACCUACUCAUCCAUUUCAACAAGAACAUGAUCGAAUUCAUCUUGAAAGUGAAUUAUCAUAUGAAUAUACAAAUUUAGCUACAGAUCUUCUUAAAUGGAUAAAAACAAAAUUAGAUUUUUUAAAUCGUGAAAUUAAAUUUAAAACUAUAGAUGAAAUUGAAACAUAUCGAAGUGUUUUACAAAGUAUAAGACAAAAUGAAAUGACUCAAUAUAAUAAAAUAUUACAUCGUAUGAGAUCAAUUGAUGCUGAAUUUGAAACUCUACAAUUAUCUGAAACAUUAGAACCAGAUAUACAUUCAAUAAAUUUAGCUUGGAACAAAUUAGAAAUGACAAUUGAUCGUGUUGAAUAUGAUCUAACACAAUUUAUACAACAAUAUGAAAAAUUAAAAGAUAAUUUUAAUAAUGAUUUAGAUUUAAUUGAACGUGAUAUAACAAAUAUUGAAAGAUUAAUUCAAACAAAAUCUAAACAAUUAGAAAUUGUUGAUACAAUUAAUCAAUUAAAUCAAAUACAAAUUAAUUUAGAUACUAUAUUAAAUAAUUGUCGAACAUUAGCAUUACCUUAUGAACAAAUACAAACUGCUCUUGAAAGAACUGAUCAAUUAAAUUUACGUAUUGAUAAUCUUCAUGUACAAUUGAGUCCUCCACCACCAUCAUCAACAGUCAUGAAAAUUUCAUCACCAACAACUACACGAAUUCUCGAUCCAUCAUCAGUAAUGACAACCACCGGUCAUCAUCAUUCGUCAAAAAAACAGGGUCGUUCAAAUCAAUUAUCGAAUUUUUUUACAAAUUCACCGACUGGUAUUGAACAACUUGAUGUUAUUGUAACAGGUGAUUAUAGACGAAGUGGUGAUACUCAACAACAAACACGAUCAAAUAUUAUGGUUGUUGACUCAGGACAUUCAAACAACGAGACAAAACCAUUUGUUCUCGUUGAUGAACUUAAUUUAAUAAAUAAAAAUUUAAAUACACUUAGUCAAUUACUUCAACAACGUGUGACACGUUUAUCACAAACUGGUCUACCAACUUCACAUGAUGAUCUUCUUCUACUUUAUCAAGAACAUAAGUCAAUAAUGCGCCGAUCGUCUUCUACAACAUCUGCUGAUUAUCAACAUGACAGUAGAUCAUUAGGAACAAAAGAACGAUCUGUACCUAUUCAAUUUGUUUUUAAUAAAAAUAAAGAUUAUCAUUCAUCCGAUAUGGAUUCCCAUCGGCAAACAUAUUUACCACGAACAUCAUCGACUAGUAGUUUUUGUUCUACAAGUACUGCUAGUAGUGCUAAUUAUCGAAUAUUGCCAGUACGUUAUUCAUCUGUAGAUCGAAUCAUAAAUAAACCUGCAACAAUUACUGCUAAUAAACAUGGUAUUAAUGUACGUAUUCGUUUUAUAAAGCCACCUUCACAUUCACGUCAUCAUCAUCAUCAUCAUCAUUAUUAUGAUCGUCAUCAUGAUUACCAACACACAGAAGAACAUGAAUAUUAUUAUAAAAAAUAUUUGACAAAAGAACAUCAACAUUAUGGUUCAUGUCCAGUAUUGAAUAAUAAUUCUAAUAUUCAAGAUUCAUUUUCAAUAUUAAAUAACCAACGACGUCGAUCAAAUAUAAAAAAUGUUGAAACACGAUCAAUAGUUCGAAAUUAUUCAAGUGAACAAUUAAAUAAAUAUAAUCAUUCAAGUACAUUAAUUAUUCGUCAUCAAUCCCUUCCACCAUUAGCAGUAAAACGACCAGCACCACCACGAAUAAUUCAUACACAUAUAAAACAUAUUCCACUUGAUACAUAUUCAAAAUUUAAACCAAUUCUUACACGAGAUUUCGAAAAUGAUCUUCUUUCUCAAGCAAGUCGUAUUAAAGAUAUCCGUAAUGUUGUUCGACAAGAAUAUAACUCAUCGUCACAUCAAGAAUUACGUUCAUUAGUUAAUCAAACAUCUGAUCAUGCACAAGAUUUAUUUACAAUAUCAAAAGAUUAUUCUGAUAAAUUGGAUAUCGGUGAAACAACAUUAAAUCUCGUUACUGAUUUAACAUCACAUAUAAUUGAGCUUGAAACUCGUUUAGCUUCUCAUACACCUCUUAUUGACGAUGAACAAUAUAUUCAUCGUCAAUUAGAUGAUCUUAAUGAACUUGAUAAACAAUUACAAACUAUUGAGAAGUCUAUUAAAGAACUUCUCAUACAAAGUAAACAAUUGGGUAGUGAUAGAUUAAUUCGUAUAAGUGAACAAUUAACAUCAAGAUGGCAACAAAUCGAUUCUGAAAUAAAUCAACGAAAACGAUCGAUUGCACAAUGUUUAGAAACUCAUCGAUCGUUUGAAACAUUAUAUAUACAAGAAGGACAAAUACUUGAUAAUUUACAACAACGUAUUGAAACACUUGAACCAGUUCCAAAUGAUUCUAAUAAACUUCGACUAAUGGCAAAGACUGUUACAGAUCUCUUCAAUGAUAUUCUUUCCCGAGCACAAACAAUUGAACAUAUGAAUGAUGUUGCUGUGAAAUGUAUUGAAGAAACAAAGAUGCAUGACAAAAAUUUAAAGCGUUUUCGUGUAUCAUUACGCGAUAUACAUCCAAGUCUUGAUGCAUCGGUUUCUAUUACACGACGACAAUAUCCAACAAAUAUUCAACGUGCUACACGAGCUAUUUUACAUAAAAUUGAAGUAUUUGAUAGACGUUAUGCUGAUCUAUUAGCACAAGUGGAAGAAUAUGCACGAGCAUUUGUAAAGAAUUAUAGUACAACUGGACAUACCAUUAAUCUUCCAUUAGAUUCAGCAUCAACUAUUGUUCAUCUUUAUCGUAGUACAAUCGCAUCUCGAUAUAACAUCACACUACAAUUUCUUCUUUCAUCAGAUGAUGAUGAUGAUGAACAGUCACCUCAUUCAUCUUCAUCUGAAAAACGCAAUCAACAAAAUAAUACAACAGGUUUUAUUGACUUGACACGUGGAAAGGUCAGUACUGAUCGCCAUUCUUAUCCAUUAUCAUCAUCAUUAGACGGUUCAGUUUCAUUUGAAACAAACUAUUUAAUACCAUCAACACAAAAUGAUUUAUUAAAUAAUAAGAAAGUACGAUUUAUUAUUCAUAAACAACAACCAGAAAUAUCAACAACAGAUAAUAAUCUUAUAAUUACAAAUACAACAAUGAAUGAAAUGGCACAACAUAAAACUUUCUCGUUUGUUGAUGCGGUCAAUAGCAAACAUCUCGAUUUGUCAACGGGCCUUUUUUCUUCUUCUUUACCAUUCGUUCUUUCUUCGUCUCCUUUUUCUUCCUCUACAUUAUUAUCGCCCGACCAACAUCGCCAUACUUAUACUCAUUUCUCUUCUUCAUCAUCGCCGCCACAUACGACUAUUACUACAACCGACAACAAAAAUCUUGCUACAUCGUCGGUGUAUAAUCAUCCUUCUCCUUCUCACAUUGGUACAGACUCUAGCACAACUACUACACUUACAUUGAAAGAAGCUAUCGACACAAAUAUUCUAGACGCGCAUAGCGCCUACGUUGUCGAUACGCUUGAGCAACGUAAUUACGAUUUACGUGAAGCUUAUUCUCGCGGUUUAAUAAACUCAAACGAUCAUCAUAUUAUUGAUCGUGCUAAAAAUCAACGAUUAACAUUAGCUGAUGCACUUAAAAUGGGUAUACUUAAAUUAGGUGAUCCACAAUCUUAUAAUAUAAUAUCAAAAACUGAAUCACUUGUUAUAUCAAGUGUAUAUGAUCAACGUUUAAAUACAUUUAUUGAUCCAAAUACAGCAAUAAGAAAAAAAAUUCUUGAUCCAUAUCAUGGUUUAUAUAUAAAUAAUUUAACACAAGAAGCAAUAUCAAUUGAUGAUGCCAUGAAUAAAAAUUUAAUUAUUGUUGAACAACAAUUACCACAUUCAAAUAUAAAUCAACAUAAUGAUAAAUAUGUUAUAUCAACAUCAUUAAUACGUGAAACACGUUCAUAUCAUUUAUUAGGUGUUCGUGAUUAUAUUAAUAAUAAAGAAUUAUCUGUACAAGAAGCUAUACGUUUAGGUAUAUUAGAUAAACAAAAUGGACAAUAUAUUAAUAGAAAAACAAAUGAAAUAUUUUCAAUAUCAGAAGCUAUUGCACAAGGACAUAUACGUGCACAACCAUUACCAGUUGAAUCAUCAUCAACAACAACAUCAGCAACAACAACAAAUACACAAGAUGUAAUAGGAACAUCAAAUAUUAAACGUGGAACAGUUAAAGAAACAAAAACUUAUACACUUAAAAGUGCUAUACAUCCACGAACACGUAAAGUAAUACCAAUACGACAAGCUAUUGAUGAAGGAAUUAUUGAUCAUGCUAAAGGUUUUUAUGUGAAUAGUUUAACAGGUGAAAAUCUUCCAAUAAGUAUAGCAAUUGAAAAAGGUUUAAUAUUUACUGAAUUAAUUGAUCAACAUCCAAAACAUUAUGUUAAAUAUUUUAUUAUUGAACAAGUUAUUGAUCCAAUAACAAAUCGUCGUUUAGGUUUAACUGAAGGUAUACGAACAGGUUUACUUAAUACAAAUGUUACUAGUUAUAAUCAUCCAAUAAAACAACGACAAAUGACAAUUAUGGAAGCAUAUGAGCAAGGUUUAGUUAUAGGUAAAUUUAGUGAACAAAGACCAUCAUCAUUUAUUAGUGAUCAACGUCAACAAACAUCAUAUUUAAUAACUAAUAUAACUGAUGCUCGUACAGAUAAAGUUUAUAGCCUUCAAGAAGCUAUUGAACAAAGAUUAUUCGAUCGUAGAAGAGGUGUUUAUAUACAUCCAAUAACAAAUGAUGAACUACAAAUAGGUGAUGCUAUUAAACGUGGUCUUAUACAAGUUCAAUCUGUAACAACACAAAUAACUGAACAAUCAAGUAGUUCACGUUCAAAUUUAUCAAUACGUAUUGAAUCUCAACCACAAACAGUACGUCCAACAACAUCACAAGUUUUACAACGUGAAAAAGAUAUUAUUGAAAUUGAAUCUGUACAACGUGUACCACGACAUCGACGACAUCAUCAUACAACAACAGAAGAAAUUAUUGAACAACAAACAACAAAUGUUGUUGAUGAAGAAGUUCAAAUUAAUCGAUCACGUUCAAGAGAAAGACCAAAACAACGUUAUAUUCAAGAAGUUACUAUUGAUGAUGAUAGAAAUCGACAAGGAAUAGUUGAUAUAAAAGAAGAUACACAAUAUUUUCAUGAAGAAAUUGUUAUUGAAGGUGAACGACCUAAACCACAACCACCAAGAAGUCAAGUUAUUAUUGAUGAAAGAAUUCGUGAACAUGAGGUUCAUCAUGUCGUUCCACCACGUCCUCAACCUCCAGUUCCGCCUCGUCCAUUUCCAUCAACAACAACAACAACUAGAAAAGAAUAUAUUGAAACAGAAAUAGAUCGUAUUAGACCUACACGUACUGAAGAAUGGCAUGAAGAGCAACAACAAUCAUGGAGUGAAGAAGAAUGGGAACAAUGGCAUUGUACAAUGAUGAUGAAUGGUAAACCAUAUCGUGUUGUUUGGGUUAUGAAUACAGCAACAGGUGAUCGUUUACCAUUACAAAAUGCCUAUCAACGUGGUUUAGUUGAUACUAAACAACGUUUAUUUUUUGAUGAAAAAUUACGUCGUCAAUCAUAUUCAUUUGAAAAAGCUGUUGAAUUAGGUUAUAUGGGUAUUGAACCAGAUACAGCAUCAUUACCAAUACGUGUUGAUGGUAUUGAUUAUAUGAUACAUUGGGUAUUAGAUUCAUCAACAAAACGUCGUAUAUUUCCUCGACAAGCUAUAGCUAGAAAUAUAUUAGAUUCGAAAUAUGGUCGGUAUAUUAAUCCAUAUAAUAAUUCACAAGUAUCAUUACAUGAAGCUAUACAUUUAAAAUUUGUUGGUGCAACUGAAUAUGGUCCAUCAAGUGAUUCAAUAACAGUAACAAUUAAUGGACAAACAUAUAAUAUUAAAUGGGUUUAUGAUACAGUACAUAUGAAAAAAAUAUUACCACGUGAUGCAUUACGUCAAGGUAUAUUAGAUAUACAAUUAAAUGAAUAUCGUAAACUUGAUACAAAUGAUGUCAUGACAAUAUAUGAUGCUAUACAAGCUGGUUAUAUACGUUGUACAGAUGAUGAAUCAUCAUCAGAUAAUAGUGUUAAACCUCCAUCAAUAAUAUCUGUUGAUGAAGAUGAAUUAACAAUAGCAACAAAAACAGCUACAUAUGUUAUUACAUCAGUUAUACAUCCAUUAACACAAAAAGAAAUUAAAGUAUCUGAAGCUAUUGAUUUGGGUAUACUUGAUAAAGAAACAGGCAGUUAUCGUGAUUUAGUUACAAAUGUUCAAUAUGAAUUAGCUGAAGCCAUUAAUGAAGGUUUAGUUUAUGCAACAAUCAUUGAAACAAAAGAAGAUACAGAAAUGAUGACAUCAUCAGUACAAGAAAUUGUUAAAAAAUUUAUUGUUAAAAGUGUUGCGAUUGAUAGUGAUUCACAAGAAAAAAUUGGUGGUUUAGAAGCACAAGCUGUUGGUAUACUUAAUUAUGCACAAGGUGUUUAUAAUGAUAGAAAAUAUGGUGUUAAAAUUCCACUUGAUAAAGCUAUUGAAAGAAAAUUACUUGAUGUUGAACUUGUUAGUCAAAAGAAAUUUGAAGAAUAUGAUUUAGAAUUAAUAACAGAUACAAUCACAGAAAAACGUAUAACAUUAUAUAAAAUUCAUGGUGUACAAAAUAAUGUCUUAGGUCGAAUGGAAUCAGGUGCUGUUGCUGUUAAAAAUCGUAUGAUUGAUACAGAAGCUAAAACUUAUACAGAUUUUUCAACUGGUGAAACAAUGUCUAUUCAAGAAGCUAUUAAUAGAAAUUUAAUACAAGCUGAAAUAAGUGAACAUGUUGAACGAAAACCAUUAGGUUUAUCAAUGCAAAAUGCUAUUCGACUUGGUUUUUAUGUACCUGAAACAGGUGCAUUCCGUGAUCCAGCUACAGAACAUUAUAUGACAUUAAUGGAAGCUAUUGAACGUGGUCAUAUACAUGUUAAUGGUGUUGCAUUUGCUGAUAGUGAACAAGGGCCAAUAACACUAUAUGAUGCAUUUUCAUUAGGUUUAAUUAAUCGUCGUGAUGGUGGUAAACUUAAUCCAGCUAAAAUGAGUUUAUAUCGUGCACGAUUAGUUGAAUCAAAAUUACAUCGUAUGAAUGUUGAAGAUGCUAUACGGUGUGGUUUACUUAAUCUUCGUACGGGUCUAUAUAAACAUCCACAUAGUGGUGAACAAUUAAAUUUAAAAGAAGCUAUACAACGUGGUUUAAUUGAUGGACAAAGUACUGUUAUUGAAAAUCCAUCAACAGGACGUUAUAUGACAUUAAAAGAUGCAUUAGAUGGUAUACGUAUUGAUAAUGAUGGACAAGUUAUUGAUUCAUAUUCAAAUAAAGUUAUAACAACAUUAGAAUUAGCAUAUAAUCAUAGAAAAUUAUUUUCACAAUUUGAUGUUAAUGCUGGUGAAAUAUUUCUUCCAUCACAAAAUGAAUCAAUUGGUUUUGAAAAAGCUGUACGAAAAAAUUUACUUGAUAAUAAUCGUAUUAAAUUAUUUGAUCCAAAAACUAGUCGUGAAUAUUCUAUACAAGAUGCUAUUGAACGUGGUUUAAUUGAUCAUGAAUCAGGUUUAAUAUAUGAUUCACGUUCACGUACAACAUAUUCAAUACGUGAAGCUAUACGUCAUGGUAUUAUAGCUAUUGUUGGUGCACCACUUGUACCAAUUAAAGCUGAUCAUGAAACAGUUGCAGCUAAAAUAACAUCAAGAAAUCAUCGACGACAUUCAUUAGCUAAAAGUUCAUUACAUUUUGAUUAUAAUAGUGCACCAGAGUCAGCUGAUGAAGAUUCACAUGGUAGUUCUGGUUGGCAUCGUAUAACAUCAAAAAAUCGACCUAUUAGUCCAUUAAGUGCCGAUGGUAAACGUAGUAUUCGUCGACGUACUGGUUCAAGUCCAUCAAGAAAUAAUACUAAUAAUCGUUUUAAAUGUCGUGAUGAUGAUUGGAUAACAGGAUGGAGAGGAGGUAAUAAUGAUGAUGAUGAUGAUACAUUUGGUGGUGGUUCAAAACGUAUUGGUGGUAAUACAUAUUAUACAAGUUCAACAACAACAACAACAAAUCGUAGACAAGAUAAUGAUAAAAAUCAUUCAUCGAAUCGAUCACAAGGUGGACGUACAUCAACUGGUUAUCAACAAAAACACCAAGACUUAUCAGUUAUAUCGACAGUAGAUACCAAGGAAUCAUCAUCAGCAUUAGAUAAUAAUGAUAAUAAAAAGUCGAAUGAACUUAUUACACGUAAAUCGGAAAAGUCAUAUUAUGUUCAACCAAAUACACAAGUUGCUGAUGAACCAUCAUCAUCAAAAGUUGGAAAUAUUAGUGAUCAUGACGAAGAUUUAUUAUAUUCGUCAAAUACCAAUGAAUCUAGUUUCGAUACUGUUGUAGAAAAAAUACCAGAAGAAAUAAAUGAUGAUUCAUUAAAAAUUGAAGAUAAUGCACAAUCAAUUCAGAAUGAUGAUAAUCGAAUUCUUGUUGAUAUGCAUGAUGUUGCUAAUCGUUUAACAUCAUUACAUGAUCAAUUAAAUCAAUAUGUUUAUUUAACUGAAAAUCUUAAUGAACUUCGAAAUAAUGUUGAACAAAUAAAAACAUUACAUUCUGGUGUUGAAAACGAAAAAACAACUAUUGAUAAUCUUGUUGAACGUGCUAAUCAUAUUAAUCCUCAACUUGCUACUUUAAGUCAAGAUCUUGAAGAAAAACGAGUUGAAAUUGCUGAUAUUAAUAGUGGUUUAAGUGAUAUAAUCGAACGAUUUAUAACUCAAGUUGAUCAAUUUAAUAAUGAACAUAAUCGUUUAACUGAAUGGCUUGAAAUAAAUGAUAAAGAAAUUCAAAAACCAUUAGAAUUAUCAACAUUAAAUAAUGAUAAUGAAAAAUUUCAAACCAUUUUAACAGCAACAAUUAAUUUACAAAAUGAUCUUAAAUCUCUUCAAGAAUAUUUACAAUUAAUUGGUAUAACUAUACAAGAUUUUAAACAAGCAACUGGAAAUACUGAUGGUGGAAAAUCAGCUAAAAUCUAUAAACAACUUCAACAACGUUUUGAUAUUUUAUCAACAAAUUAUACGGAUUUUCUUAAACGUUGUAAACAAAUAUCUGAUCAAUGUGAACGUUAUAUGUUAACAUAUAAUGAAGUUAAUGAUCUUAAUGAACAAAUUGUUAAAUCAAUAAAUGAAUUUGAUCAAAAUUUAGCUUCAAAUAAAAAUAAACAACAGGAUGAUAAUACAUUACAAGUUCUUUUACUUAAUGUUCAAAAACAAUUGGAUAAAUUAAGUAUGCUUGCAGCACAUGAACCUAGUUCACCAUCACCAAUCAUGUCAUCAAGUUAUCAUAUACAAAACCAAAUUAAAGAACAUCUUUGUACUUUACUUGAUUCACAUACACAACAUUAUCAUGAUGCUGAACAAGGUUUAAUGCAUAAUUUUGAAUUAUUAGAACAUGAUAAUCAUGAACCUCAAACAAUAAAAGAACGUAUAGAUGAAUUAAAAAAUUGGUUAUUAUCUUAUACUGAUAAAUCAAUAAAUUCAAAUGAUUUAUUUUCUAAACCAUUAUCAUUAAAACGUUCUAAAUUAGAUGAACAAAUAAUAAGUUUUCGUCAAUUUCAUGCUCAAUUAUUAACACGUCGUCAUUCAUUUGAAUCUGAUAUAAAUAUAAAACAAAAUCUUAAACAAUUAUUUGAUGAUGAUGAUGAUGAUAAAAAAAAUACUGAUUUAAUAAAUAAAUCAUUUCAAUUAUUAGAAGAACAAGCAAAUCAAUAUAAUGAACGUAUUAAUCGUUUAUCAACACGUUUAAAUGAAUUUCAUCUUGAACAUGGACAUUUAAUUGAUAAUUAUUCAAAACGUUUACGUCUAUAUAGUGAACAUAUUGAACAAAAUGAUGAUAUAAAUUUUUCAACAUUACAAUUAUUAUUAAAUAAUAAUAAUGAAUUAAUUAUUGAUCAUACAUUAUAUGAACAAUUAAAAAAAGAAUUAAUUGAAACAAAUAAUAUUGAAGAUCAAGAUGAAAUCUAUCAAUAUGAAAAACAAAUAAAUGAAUAUAAAAAACAAUAUGAAACAUUUGAAAAUAAUUUAAAAUUAAUUCUUCAUAAACGUGAACAAAUAUUAAAUCAAUAUGAAUCAAAUAAAAAUUUUCUACAAGAUUGGUUAUUAGUUACAGAACGUUUAUUAAAACAACAACCCAAUGAAUUAACUAUUUAUACAUGUCAACAAUUAUUAAAUGAACAUUCAAAUAUAUCUAUUGAACAAAUUAAAUUAUUAAGUCAACAAUUAAUUGAAUUUUAUUCAUCAAAAAAUCUUAAUCAAUUAUAUGAACAAUUAAAAUUAGAUCAACAUAAACAACAUAAUACAAAUAUAACGAAAAUAGUUCAACGACAAACAGAUGAAUUAAUUGAAAAUUAUUUAUUAAUAAAAGAAAAAAUUCUUCAACAUAUUAAUUUAUUAGAAAAAAUUCAACAACAAACAAAUCAAUAUCAAUUAGCUAAACAAAAAGCAGAAAAUUCUAUUGAAAAAGCUAAAGAAUUAGUGACAUUAGAAGAAAAUACAAUACUUCCAUUAGAUAAUCAACAAAUUGAAAUUAUGUUAAAAAAAUACAAAGUAAAAUUUCAUUUCUUUAAUUUAAAAAUCAAAUUUUCCAAAGUUAAUAAUAAAAAAUUUAAUUAA